AUGCUUGCUGAUCGGAGCGGCGACCCGAACUUUCCUCAAGGUCUGCGCAUCCAUCCGAGCAGCUCGCAACGAGGUCCUCUGACGGUCGAUGGCAAUGGGCACCAGGAGCCAGACACGGAUCGAUCAUCGGUCGACGUGACCCAAGCUGAUUCGUGGGAGCAGGAUACGGCCGAAGACAUCGAGUGCUUUGGCAUCGCAGGACGGAUUUGGGAAGCAGCCUACUUGCUUGCUUGCUACCUGCGUCCCGUCGACCAGCUUGCAAGCGAACUCGAGUUCGACCCCCCUUGCUCAUUGUUCCACAGAUCCAACGCAGAGCCAUUGACCAUCGUAGAGCUCGGCUCAGGCGCCGGUUAUGGCUCGUUACACCUCGCUGGUCAGAUUCUACGGCAUUCCCAGGAUGUCCAAGCAAAACUGCUGCAGGCAAGGCUGGUGUUGACCGAUCUCGAAAAUGUGGUGCCCUUGAUGAAACGGAAUGUAGCUCGCGCCGGACACGAGCAAGCCACAGAUCUCUUGGAUGUGCGUGUGCGCAGGUUGGCCUGGGGAAACAAAGAUCAUGCUGCUGAGCUCGUGUCAGAACUCGCGGCCACUCGGGCAGUCGAGAGUGAAAAGGUCGGAAAGAAUCCACUUUCGCACAUACUCUGCUCCGAUCUCGUUUACUUCCCGGAGUUGCUUGCGCCUCUACUUAGAUCCAUCAUUUGGCUUUCAGGCUAUGGAAUCGAAGCAGAGUCGGACGAUUCUUGCUUUGCGCAAAGGGGGCCAGAGCUCAUCAUUUCGUACAAGGUCCGCUCGCUGACCAAGGAGCAGCCAUUCUGGUCAGCCUUGAGUUCGUGGUUCGAGCUUCGAGCCGUCGACUGCCGCUCGAAACGUCGCCAAAGACACUCACACAGCCAAGACCAAUCAACGGAUGACACAGGGUUGGAGUGGCAUCGAUUCGGGUCACAGGGAGAAGACUAUGGUGCAUCGGAAGCGUCGGAUCAGGAGCUGUUCGUCUUUGUUGGACAUCGACGAAAAGAAACAAUUGGGUGCAUGGCGCCGGAGGAUGAUACAGAGCUGAUGUCAGGCAAACGACUCCGACCAGGCCAAGGACCAGAAGGAGAAGCCUGCUUUGAGCUUGAAUCAUCUUCGGGCCAAGAUUAUUUCGAAUGGCUGCUAUUGGUCAACAUGGGAGCAUGUUUCGGCUGA